AUGUCCAAGGCUACUGCUAGCGGUAUCACUGCCGGAAACAUCUCCACCCAGCGCGUCAAGCUCAACAACGGCCAGGAGAUCCCCCAGGUCGCCCUCGGUGUCUACAAGGCCCCCAACGAUGGCUCCACCGAGAACGCCUGCAAGUGGGCUUUCGACGCUGGCUACCGUCACAUUGACUCUGCCGCUCGUUACAUGAACGAGGAGUCCGUCGGCCGUGCUGUUGCCGAGUGGACCAAGGCUAACAACGUGCCCCGCUCCGAGAUCUUCAUCACCUCCAAGCUCUGGGAUGCUGACCACGACAAGGCCGCCGCUGCCGUCGAGGACUCGCUCAAGAAGCUCCAGCUCGAGUACAUGGACAUGUACCUCAUGCACUCGCCCGGUACCAUGGGCGCCGAGAAGCGUCUCGAGGCCUGGAAGGCGCUUGAGGAGGCCGUCGACGCCGGCAAGAUCAAGACCAUCGGUGUCUCGAACUUCGACGUUGAGGAGCUCGACCACCUGCUCGCCAACUGCCGCAUCAAGCCCGCCGUCAACCAGAUUGAGUCGCACCCCUUCUUCGCCCACGAGGAGCUCCGUGAGGCAUGCUUCGAGCGUGGCAUCCACAUCCAGGCCUACUCGCCCAUGGCCCAGGGCCAGGCCCUCGACCGCCCCGAGAUCAAGGCUAUCGCCACCAAGCACGGCAAGACCCCCGCCCAGAUCUUGCUCCGAUGGGGUGUCCAGCACGGAAACAUCAUCCUUCCCAAGAGUCUGACCAAGCACCGCAUUGAGGGCAAUGCCCAGCUCUUCGACUUCUCGCUUGACAACGACGACAUGGACGCUCUUGAUGGCAUGGAUGAAGGUCUCAAGGUCGGAAAAUUGGGUCCUGCAGGCACUUCGCAGCCCCCUUCGCCCGGCGGAACCCGCCCUGGCUCGCGCCGCUCGUCCGGCUCCGGCGGUCUCUCUGGCAACAAGCUCCAGAUGUCGUCGUCGUAA